ACCCGACACUCGUUAACAUUUCCUUACAACUCUGUCUAUCCACCGACCAUAUUCACUCAUUACACAACAUUUCCUUGCCACUGACGACAAAACCUAUAAAAAACACUUGGAAAACAACAAAAUCCGGAUAUGUUCUCAAAGCUGGGCUGGCUUCAUCGAUCUUGUUCUAACUUCUACAUCUUCGCCCCGCUCACAAAUAUGCUAAUUCAUCUCCUCCCUGCUACGACGACAGCACUCACAACGACGCGGAGCUUGUCCUUCCAAGACUUGAGCUCCUCUUCGAUUCAUCUGAUGUACGAUACGACCUUCACGACCCGCACUUUCUUCAUUUCACCGACGACAAUGACGCGUCCUCUACUCUACGUACGCGUUUUGCGAGGUGGUACUACUUUUUCUUCGUUUCAUGUUCUUGGGAAUAUAACGUUUGAUACCACGUCUCCUUUUACCCCCUUUCCCCCUCCCCCACUAUCCUUUCCGAAGGGAGAUGUGGGAGGCGGCCGGGGAGUAGGGGACGAUUUGAGAUGUUUACUUUUUACAAUGCGACCCUGUGGAAGGGUCACAGCUGCGCACCCGACAACAACAACAACAACAACAACAACCACCCCUUAGACCGGCAGUGACAGCACGCCAGCACUCCUUUUGAUGAAUGCUCUGCGCUCCUCCGAAGAGAUGGAAAAAUACCUAGAUCUGAGGAGGGCAAAACAGCACGAUAUGAGAGAUAUCCAGAGGAGGAUAAGGAAAAAUACAGGAAAAGAGCAUUCACGGCGAUGCGCUGCCAUUUUGCUGAGGGGGGAGGGGAAAUCAUGUAUGUAGUAAAAGGCAUAACAACAGGAGGGUUUUCCUGGAUGAGAUA